AUGUCGGAGGAGGACGAGGACCAGGCCCCGCCCAAGCGCCCGCGCGCCACGCCGCCGCCGGACCAGGUGCUCGACAACGUCCUCGAGACCGUGCUCCAGUUCCUCGCCGCCCCGCGCGACCGGAGCGCCGCCUCCCUCGUCUGCCGCUCCUGGCACCGCGCCGAGUCCGCCACCCGCCUCUCCCUCGCCGUCCGCAACAUCCUCGCCGCCUCCCCGGCCCGCGCCGCGCGACGCUUCCCCAACGCGCACCACAUCCUCCUCAAGGGCCGCCCCCGCUUCGCCGACUUCAACCUCCUGCCGCCAGGCUGGGCCGGCUCCGCCUUCCGCCCCUGGGCCGCCGCCUUCGCCUCCGCCGCCUUCCCCGCGCUCCGCUCCCUCUCCCUCAAGCGCAUCACCGUCACCGACGACGACCUCGACCUCCUCGCCCGCUCCCUCCCGCCCUCCUUCCGCGAGCUCUCCUUCCUCCUCUGCGACGGCUUCUCCUCCCGCGGACUCGCCUCCAUCGCAUCCCAUUGCAGGGGCCUGCGAGUGCUGGACGUGGUGGACUGCGAGAUGAACGAGGAGGAGGACGACGAGGUGUCCGACUGGGUGGCGGCGUUCCCGCGGGGGCACACCAACCUCGAGUCGCUCUGCUUCGACUGCUUCACCCCGCAGGUGCCCUUCGCCGCGCUCGAGGCCCUCGUCGCGCGCUCGCCGCGCCUCCGCCGCCUCGGCGUCAACCAGCACGUCACGCUCGGCCAGCUGCGCCGCCUCAUGGCGCUCACGCCGCACCUCACGCACCUCGGCACCGGCGCCUUCCGGCCCGGGGACGCCGCCGAGGACCAGGGGCUCGACCUGGCCCAGAUUUUGACCGCCUUCUCCUCCGCCAACACGCUGGCUUCGCUCUCCGGCUUCCGUGAUCUCGCGCCCGAGUACCUGCUCACCAUCGCCACGGUGGCCGCCGCCAACUUGACGACCCUCGACCUCAGCUACGCUCCGGUCACCCCGGAUCAGUUCCUGCCCUUCAUCGCGCAAUGCCGCAAUCUGGAGACGCUAUGGGUGCUUGACUCGGUGCGCGACGAGGGGCUCGAGGCCAUGGCGAGCUUCUGCAAGAAGCUCCAGGUUCUCCGCGUGCUCCCAUUGGACGCGCACGAGGACGCGGACGAGCUGGUGUCGGAGGUUGGCCUGGCUGCCAUCUCCGAGGGCUGCCGUGGGCUCCGCUCCAUACUCUACUUCUGCCAGAGGAUGACCAAUGCUGCUGUCAUCACCAUGUCGCACAACUGCCCGGAGCUCAAGGUAUUCCGAUUAUGCAUAAUGGGAAGGCUCCAGCCUGACCAUAUGACCGGGGAGCCCAUGGAUGAAGGCUUCGGCGCCAUUGUUCGCAACUGCAGCAAGCUUACUAGGCUCUCCACAUCUGGACGCCUCACUGAUCGAGCGUUUGAGUACAUUGGCAAGUAUGGCAAGUCAGUGCGGACGCUCUCUGUGGCGUUUGCCGGAGACGGUGAUCUCGCGCUGCAGCACCUCCUCCAGGGAUGCUCCAAGCUGGAGAAGCUUGAGAUAAGGGACUGCCCGUUCGGUGAUGCCGGCCUCCUCUCCGGAAUGCACCAUUUCUACAACAUGCGCUUCGUCUGGAUGUCGGGCUGCAACCUGACGCUGCAAGGUUGCAAGGAGGUGGCACGCCGGCUUCCACGCAUGGUGGUGGAGCUGGUAAACAGCCAGCCUGAGUCAGAGAGGACAGAUGGCGUGGACAUCUUAUACAUGUAUCGAUCACUUGAAGGGCCAAGGGAGGAUGUGCCGCCAUUUGUGAAGAUCCUGUAAGCUUCUUCGGCAGUAUGCUCAGUUCAGAUCAAAUGCAGCCUGUGCGUGAACAGGUGCGGCAAGACGCUGGAGUUGCAGACAUGGUAACACUUUACCGAGCUCGACGUCGGAGGAGGAGUUCCAAGCCAUAUACGGGAGCCGCGGAGCAGUUAUUGUUGUUGUACUAGGUAGGGUUCAUCGGCAUUUCUGAGUUAUCUACGAGAAGAUCAUAAGUGCAGCGGAGCAAGCUUUUUCGAGGGGGCUUCAUCAUCGCUUCCUCAGUUUUGUUUGCUGCUCCAAGAGCCUUCUGUUUGAGGACAACCCGUCGUUGCUGGCAUGGCUACGAUGGUGUUGUCUAAUUUUCCGAAACAAAGCUUGUCAUCACCAGAUUAAAUUCAUUAACACUUUUUACUGUUCUUGUCGCAUAGUUUCUUUUCCAUAUUCGCAUUCAUCUGUCAGAAUUCUGAAUUGAAACCUCCUGAAUUGAUCUAUGUUUUUCA